AUGUGUAACCUUGAAGGGGCUCUGCAUGGGGAUCUUAUGAGAGGUUACAACAAGAACAUCAGACCAAUGGAGAAGAAUGGAGAUAUCACAGAGGUCAAACUCAAGAUGACCCUCACCAACUUAAUCUCUCUGAAUGAAAAAGAAGAGACACUGACCACAUGUGUUUGGGUAGAGAUGCAAUGGUAUGACUACAGACUCAGGUGGGCUGACAGGCCACGGUUUGAAGAAUAUAAGAACAUCACAGGCACACGAAUUCCCUCCAAAGCUAUCUGGCUUCCUGAUAUUAUCCUUGAGAACAAUGUUGAUGGACAUUUUGAGAUCACACUUUACACCAAUGCUCUCAUAGACCCAAAUGGUAUGGUGUACUGGCUUCCUCCUGCAAUCUACCGCAGUUCCUGUGCAAUCAAAGUCGACUACUUCCCCUUUGACUGGCAAAACUGCAGCAUGGUAUUCAGGUCUCAGACGUACAAUGCUAAUGAGAUAGAGCUGAAACUGACAAAUGAGGCAAGCACCAUAGUGGAAUGGAUUGAGAUUGAUCCAGAAGCCUUCACAGAGAAUGGUGAAUGGGUAAUUAAGCAUCGACCAGCUAAGAAGGUGGUGAAUGAGAGGUAUAGCCGAGAUGACCUGGACUACCAGGAGAUUAUCUUCUUCCUCAUCAUCCAGAGGAAGCCACUUUUCUACAUCAUCAACAUCAUUUUGCCCUGCGUGCUCUUCUCUUCUCUUGGACUGCUAGUCUACUUCCUGCCAGCUAAAGCCGGAGGACAGAAAUGUACCAUGUCCAUUACUAUCCUACUUGCUCAGACUGUCUUCCUCUUCCUCAUUGCAAAGAAAAUUCCAGAAACCUCCCAGGCUGUGCCCCUGAUUGGAAAGUAUUUGAUGUUUGUGAUGUCUGUGACUGCAAUCACAGUGAUGAACUGUGUAGUAGUAUUGAAUGUCUCCCUGCGAACUCCCAACACACACACACUAACCAAUAAAGUCAGGAAGGUAUUUUUAAACAUUUUUCCUCGGGUGCUGGGGAUGAGGAUGCAUCGCUGGACACCACAAAGUGGACUAAGGGCAGAUGGCCUAACGAACAAAUCUACUGUCCCUCUUAGGAGACACAGCUCACUAGGAUUUAAUGUGAAGGCAGAUGAGUACAUGCUGAAGAUGGCAUGCUCUGAGCUGAUGUUCAGCAAGCAGAAAAAGAGAGAUGGUCUCAUAAGGAGUGCCCUGGAGAAGAUCGAGAACAAUUUGGAGGGAGACACGGUCCAAGAUUUGACUUGGAGUUUGGCCAUGGCUUCACCAGAGCUGCAGGACUGUGUAGAAGCCAGUAAACACAUCGCUGAGAGCACCAAACAGCACACUGAUUUCCAGAAAGAGAAUGAGGAGUGGUUCCUGGUUGCCAGAGUGAUUGACAGACUCUGCUUCAUCACUAUGGCCUUGUUGUUUACACUGGGCACCAUCGGAAUCUUCCUCAUGGGACAUUUUAACCAAGCUCCAGCACUUCCAUUUCCUGGAGACCCCAAAAAAUAUCUUCCUGAGACAUUUACAGCAAACAUCACAGGCAUACAUUGA